AUGUCCAGUAAUCACCCAAAUGGGACCUGGCAGGGAAACCCUUUCCGGAACAAUGCGGGCCACGAUAGGUGGAAUUCAAGUCCCAAUUCCACUCCGAGCCCAUGGGCCUGGAAAGGCUCUUUCUCCCACGGCGGAAGAAACAACCAAUAUUACUGGAACAACAAUAGCGGCAAUACCACGUUGACUAACUGUGGCAACACGUCCUCGGAGAACUGUGGCAACACCAAUACCUACAACAAUAGUGGGAACAAGAUCACCCGGACCGGUAACAUCUCGAGUAACGGAGGGAGUGCUACUACAGGGGGGAAUGUCAAUUACAACAAGGCCUCAGGUCAUUCCUCGGCCACAUCGAAGAGUGCCUCGGGUGGUUCUGGUGGAAGUAUCUCUAUCGGGGGUUAG